UGGCAAAGUUGUAAGUUGUAAACAAAACAACACGUGUUUGGCAACGAGUUGAUAGAUGUUGUAGGUGAUUGAAGGAGUGAUAUUGUCGAGUAAUAUUUAUGUAUUUAUGGGUGUGUAGUUAUAAGUUAUUUGCACCCUGUUCAGUCCACAUGUGAUGUGCCAGUUGCCAAGUGUCGAAAACAUCGUCGUUUCGUGUCAUUAAAAAUGGGCCUUACAAAGCAAUAUUUACGAUACUCGCCAUCAGGACAUUUCAAUAUAAUAGCAAGCACUGACUGCAAUAUAGUAUUUCUUACACUUGAAGGUCAGGCCGGAAGGUUUGUUGGCGUAGGAGCUUCGGAGAACAUAGUCAUAUGGGAUUUGCGUCUUGGAGAAAAGGCUCAAGUAUUGGAAGGUGAUAAGCAUGAGGUCAGAUAUCUAAAUGCCAGUCCCGAUUGUAGGCACUUGGCUGCCGGUUAUUCAGAUGGAAUGGUCAAAGUCUUUGACCUAAAAACUGGCGAGAAUGUUACAAAUUUUGCUGGACAUCGUUCUGCCAUUACUUGUCUUUCGUAUGAUUCAGCUGGUCACAGAUUAGCAUCGGCAUCAAAGGACACAGAUGUGAUCGUGUGGGAUGUUGUUGCAGAGACUGGUCUCCAUAGACUUACAGGACAUAAAGGUGUUGUUACAAAUGUCAGGUUUAUGACAGAUCACAACUUUCUCAUCAGCAGUUCCAAAGAUACCUUCAUUAAAUUUUGGGAUUUAGAUACUGCGCAUUGCUUCAAGACCCUUGUUGGCCAUAAGUCAGAGGUCUGGGGAUUUGAAUUGAUGAAAGAAGAUAAAUACUUGGUAACUGGAUGCAAUGAUAAUGAACUGCGAGUGUGGAAUAUUACUUUCAGAGAAGUCCAUGGUGACAAUUCUGAAAAUAUUGACAAUAAUGUGAAACAUUCCAAUACAGAAGGUUUUCUUACUGGAGAAGACGUUGAUAGUGAUAUGUUGAGUCCAGUUAUAUGUCAGAAGGCAGGAUCUCUACUCCGAUUUGGGAAGGGCCGAGUUGUAUCUUUAACUGCAGACUCUACUGGACAGGUGUUGUGCUGCCAUGGAACUGAUAACAGUUUGGAAUUGUAUCACUUUAAAUCGGAUGAAGAAACACAAGCACGCUUUAAGAAGAGGCAAAAAAAGGAGAAAAAAAGACUUUCCCGGGCAGAAGAGAACUGUGAUCCACCUGAGGCUGAUACAUCCCUGGUCCCUGGAUUGAAAGAUGAAGUUGCAAGAUUACCUGCAAUUAAAGCAAAUGGAAAAAUUAAGGCAGCACAUGUAAUUAUGGGGAGUCAGAAGGAAUUAAGAGUAUCUGUGUCCCUCAGUAACAACAGCAUUGAGCUACAUUCAGUCGUCGGCACAAAUAAAGAGGCAGAAUGCAAAUGUAUUCGUAAAAUAUCAAGUCAAGGACAUCAUUCUGAAGUCCGCUCAGUGUGUUUCAGUUCAGAUAAUUUAGCAAUUGCCUCUGCAAGUGCUGAGGCAGUAAAAUUAUGGAACAGACCAUCAUUAGCCUGCCUACGAACUGUUGAGACAAGUUACGGACUGUGCUCAUGUUUUGCACCAGGAGAUCGGCACUUGCUUGUGGGAAUGAAGGAUGGACAAUUGCUUAUUAUUGACAUAGCGGCUGGAGAAGUUUUAGAGGCUAUUCCAGCACAUACAAAGGAACUGUGGUCAGUCUGUCUCACAGCUGAUUCGCUUGGCUGUGUGACUGGAGGAGACAACACAGUAAAAUUUUGGCAGUUUGAAUUAGUUGCUGCACCAGAUAGUAAGGCCAAAGUGCUUUCAUUGCUACACAAGCGAACAUUGAAGUUGGAUGAGGGUGUUCUGGCUGUGAAAGUGUCACAGAACAAUAAAUUCUUGGCUGUAUCUCUGUUGGAUUCAACUGUGAAAAUUUUUUUUGCUGACACCUUGAAGUUCUUUGUUUCUCUUUAUGGUCACAAACUGCCUGUGCUUUGCAUGGACAUUUCAUAUGACUCAACAAUUAUUGCAACUGGAAGUGCAGAUCGCAAUGUGAAAAUCUGGGGAUUGGACUUUGGGGACUGCCACCGUUCAUUGUUUGCACAUGAUGAUUCAGUAACAGGCCUAAUGUUUGUGCCCAAAACUCAUUACUUUUUUACGUGUGGAAAAGAUGGAAGAGUGAAAUAUUGGGAUGCUGAUUCAUUUUGCAAGAUUGCCACAUUGCAGGCUCAUCAUGGAGAGGCUUGGGCAUUGAGUGUGAGUGCAAAUGGACAGUGGGUUGUGAGUGCAGGAUCAGAUAGAGUCUUGCGUUUGUUUGAAAAAACUGCCGAACCUCUUGUUUUAGAAGAUGAGCAAGAACAGGAACGAGAACAAGAAGACAGCAACAACCUUGUAACUGGUGAGGAUACUGUUGUGCCUGGCCACAUUGCACCUAAUCUCCCAUCCAAGAAGACAGUUGGCAGUGAGCAGGCUGCUGAGCAGCUAUUGGAGGCACUGGAAGUGAUAAAAGAUUAUGAAUUGCAACUGCAAGAACAUGCAGCAAGUAAAGCAUCAGCACAGACUGCUCCACCACUUCCACUGCUGAUGCAGGCCUACAAAGCUGGAAAUUCGAAUGAGUACCUGUUUGAAGUACUGCAGCGUAUUAAAUCCAGUGAACUAGAGGAGGCCUUGCUACUGCUUCCAUUCCCUUCUGUCUGCGAACUGCUGACACUUCUGCCACGCCUACUGAAAUACAGCAGUUACGGGACUGAACUUGCAAGCCGUGUUUCAAUAUUUCUUGUGAGGAUGCAUCAUGGACCUAUUGUAAGCAAUCGGAAUCUGCUUCCUGUUCUUAAGCAGCUGCAGGAGAUAACAUUUCGAAGAUUGAAUGAACUUCGGGAUGUGGUUGGUUACAACUUACAUGGCCUUCAGUUUCUGCAGAGAGAGCUUGAGGCUAAGCAGAGUGUACAGUUGUUUCUUGAUGCGACAGUGGAGAAGAGGAAUAGAGACAAGCAGAGAAGGAAAAGAGAGAGAGUUGCUAAAAGGGCUCUACUCACAAUGUAGACUACUUUUCAUAUGAAAUGUGUGUAUGUAAUGAUUGAAUUAUUGUGCAUAUUGUACAGAGAAAAGAUUUUUCACCAUCACCAUCAGAAACGUAUUCUUAUCUUAAACUCAAGUAUUACCAAAUACUGGUUUGGUACUAUUUCUUUGGUGCCUGUUCCAGAAGUGUAUUAUUCUGCUGGUAAUGCCUUACUGAAUAAGGUAAAAUUAUUGAAAUCAUUGUGCCUGUAAAGUGUAUAUUAAUUUUAACAGCUGGAUCAUCUUAGCAAUUUUUCUAAUCCUGUCUCAUUGUUAUAAAGUGUAUUUGGAGUUGUAAUAUGUCUGUUAUCUUCAAAACUUUAUUUAUCUAUUAAAAAGUGAAACAAUACAUUUUA